UGGUCGAGUUCAGUUCAAGUUCGCGCCUCGAACGGUUCAGUUUGCCUGGUUUUUCCGCUCCUCAGCCGGCAUCUAAAUAUAAAGUGAAGGAUAACCCCAACCGCCUGACAGGAUAAUGCUUUAUCCCCGCUUCGGCUAAUGUGUUUGUGAAGUUGUUUACCAAAAACGAAUUACUGUGCUACGAAACGAAAAGUUCCCAACAAAACCCGAAAACAAAUUAAUUUUCGGUCCAGUUUAAGCGUUUAUUUGGAGAUUUAUAAGCAUGUGGCCGCCCAGCUCCUGUCUGUGGUUGGCUCCACUCGUCCUCCUCCUGGUGGGCGUGGUCCAGGGCCAGAGCAGCAGUCGAGAGCAAUUCGAGGAUGCGGACAAGUCCAGCGAGUACACGGAUCAGCAAUUCGACCUGAGGCACACGAUCCCCGGAGAACCCGGUCUGGAUUAUCCCAUUCUGAGUGCACCGCCCAAGACGAGCUUUGUGUGCAAAGGAAGGCAUGAAGGUUACUACGCAGAUGUGGAGAGUCGCUGUCAGGCCUUCCGGAUUUGUGCCCAUACCGCCAGAACCCCUCAAGGAUUUGGUUUCCUCUGUCCCAACGGAACGCUCUUCAGCCAGAAGAACUUUGUGUGCGAUUGGUACCGCAAUGUGAACUGCGAUGAAUCGGAGAGAUUUUACGAAAUGAACGAGGAGAAAUCCGUGGGCAGCACCCACGAGAUGAUGGAGCGAGUGCGUCACAUGAUGGAGUACCCCAUGAAAACUAUCUCAAAGGCUUUGCAACAGACCCAAUCUCAGUCACAAAAUCCGCAUCAAAGUUUUAGCAAAGAUUUGAGUGCAGCAAGUGGUGUGUUGAGUCAACCUGCGGUUAUUAAGCCCAUUGAUGUCCAGGAAACCCAAGUUGUAGGACGUGGAGAAGCUAUCAAAAGUGAACCCCUAAAUCCUGUGAAAACAGGCAGCGCAACUCUGGAGAACGAAGACGAGGGUAUCUAUGUGAACAGCUUGGGAGAACUUUCCUCAGACCCUGGCAUUCAGUUUGAUCACACCAAUGCCCAUAUUGUGGCGGAAUAUCCCAGGGAAUACCACUACCAAAAGCAAAAGAACUUUGCUGAGCGAGUGAACGCGGGCUUGGAAAUCCUAACCGAUUCGGAAUCCAACUCUGGAGAAGUGAUGGCUCCCGAAUACGUCAAGCAUAUAAGAAACACCAAGGACGAGGCCGUGCAACUAGAUCUUGUGUCGAAUAUCAACAACCUGCUGGAUGAGGUAUCCACCGAUGUGGAUCCUUCCGUUUCCGGCUAUCAAUCCAUGGCUCCGCCGAAAGUUAAGCAGCCCUUCCGGUUCCUAAGUCGAGGAUUCUCGAUGCAGAGUGAGGGUAAUGGAAAGGGCAGCUCAUCCACGGGCUAUGGAUACAUUAAACCCAAACAAACGCCCAGCACUGUCAGAUUUACGCCCAAUGAGAUACCCGCCGAAGAUCAUAAAUCCAUUGAGCAUAAACACAAGUUUUCGAAAACCACAAGUAGCACCACUUCGACAACCACUGAAUCGGUAGAACAACUGCUGAUAGCACCCACUUUGCCACCCGCUGAGGAUGAGGAAGUUACCACAUCAGCGGCACCUGAGACUACCUAUACCUCCACCUCGGCAGCAGAACCACUUAGUUUUCUGGCACCACCACCAGCAGAAGUGGUUUCUACCGGGGAAGAACCGGGCUUUGAGUCCAUUGGCCAGGCAGCUGCUCUGACUGGCAGUCUGCCCAUUAGUGAGGAUAUAGUCCAUGUGGAGCAGAGUCCCGAAUCCGCUGAGAAGCAGGAUGUCCAUCAGGAGGCAGCCAAGUUGCUGCUAGCAGGAGUGCAACUCACCUCCCACAACGAAGAGAAGGCUUUGGAAAGGAACCAAAUAGAGGUCACUAGUACCACCACUGGUAGUCCCAUCACCCCGGUCAUGCUCACAUCCACCGAAGUGGUCACCGAGAUUAGUAGCACUCAGGAGCGCAUUCGUGGCUACCGCAGGAAUCGUCCUGGAGCCAAGUUGAAGCGUGCCCACAUCCGUCCUUUGCCCACCGUGCGCACCACAACGACAUCCACCACACCAAAGAGCACGGCAACCACUAAGAGCUACCUGGAACGCCUGGCAGCCAGUAGGUUGCGCCUUUCCAGACUGUCCCAGGCCACCAGGAGCACGACCAAGGCUACGACAACGACCUUGCCCAGCACCACAACAGCUCCAACGACCACCACCACGGUUUCCUCCUUCCAGCAAUUACGUGGAGGAGCUGAUCCGGGUCCAAACAAAAAGCUAUCAGUCAGGGACCUUGAGCGCGAGACCAGGAUUGCUCCCAGCAAGGCCAACUGGGACACGGUGCACAGUAACUUGCAACGCUUCCAGGUGCAACGCGGCAACCGGGUGUACACACCAGCAACACGAGCACCUGUCAGCAAUGUGGGAAUCAUCUCGAGCACCACCACCACAACCACCACUCCCAGGAGCUAUAUUCAAGCCACCUCCCAACGAUCCACCGUCACCAUAAAUCGCGGAAAGAAUCGCUUCUCCAACUUCAAGACCCAAGCGCCAGUGCAAAGAACUCGAGGCACCACCACCCCAAGGAGCACCACCUUGCGGCCCACCUCCUCGCUUUCCUCGUUGAACCAACACAUCUCUGCUCUGGCAUCCAACUACAAUGGUGGCUAUAGCUAUAGCCCGGCUACCCAGACACCCCAGAUCAGCAAGCCCAUCCAACAGUCACACCAGUCACCAUCACAAGUCUAUGCCACACACACCGCCGACGAUUUCGCUGGCCACGCCUCUCAAUCCCAAACCACAUCAAGCCUUUCUCCCGCCUCCGCUUUCCUUUCCUUCGAUAAGCUAACCCGUGCCAUUGUUGACGAAUCCGUUUUGCAGAAUUUCAAGAGUGCCCAGACACAGGGUUCCCAUCAACAGCAGCAACAGCAACGCCAACAGCAGCAGCAGCAGCACCACCAAGUGGUCAAGCAGCAACAUCACUCGUUCAGCAGCAGCUACGUUAAGCCAGCAGCAGCGCCAGCUAUUUCCACGCUGACUGCACCGCCACGCCCCCAGCAAACAGCUCAGUUACCUGAGAUAUCUCCGCCGCCCGGAAUCGUGAUUGCUCGCGCUGAAGGUCAACGUAUUGCUCCCAACUCCGCCAGCAACAUCAUCUCGAACUUGGCCACUCAGUCACCCGUUACUAACAACCAAGGCAACUCUUAUGUUUCCCUUAACGAUUUCCUGAACAACAAAUUCGGUCAGAGUCCUGCCAGCAGCAGCAGCAAUAUUGCUUCCGCCGCCACUUUGCAACAGCAACAGCGAGUGCCGCAACAGCAGCAGCACUAUCAGCAGCAAACCAUUCAGCAGCAACGAGUGCAAAAACAACCGGUACAGCAGCAACGCCAGUCUGUGCAGCAGCAGCACCAGUCUGUGCAGCAGCAACAUCAGUCGGUACAGCAGCAACAUCAGUCUGUACAUCAGCAACAUCAGUCUAUACAGCAGCAAUAUCAGUCGUCUGUGCAGCAGCAACGUCAGCCUGUGCAGCAGCAACUGAGCUUCAUUUCACAGCAAUACCAACAACCCCAGCAGCAGACCAUCUACCAGCAAUAUCAGCAACCACAGCAGCAACAGCACUUCCACCAGCAGCAACAGCAACGUCCGACGAUCCACACCAUCCAGCAACCAUAUCUGACGCCCAAUAUUUUCGUGCCCUACCAGCAGCAGCAGCAGCAAUUGCCGCAGUUCCCGCCUCUGGCUCCACCCGUGGCCGUAUCCUCCGGGAACAUUGCUCAGGGUCCGGUGAUAGCCGGUCGCCAUGUGGAUCACCUGAAUAUUCAGCUUCCCACGCUGGGCAACGGAUUGAUACCCGGAUUGCAGUUGGCCCAGAAGCGCAGCGAUGUGUCGGCCAGUCAGCUGCAACUCACUGACUCCACGGGCAAGGCCAGCCUCUCCGGCGGAUCUGGCAAGAGCCGGGAACGGGCCUUCUACGCUGGACGCACAUCCUACGAUGUUCCCCAGAGCAGCGUGGGUCGACUGCCCAACGAUGUAACGCAGCAACUGCGCCGGCGGUUGCGCCGCUUCUAAACGAUAUUACGAGAUUAACGAGCUAGGACUAGAAACUUAACUUAUAGCUAAAUUAGUAAACUAUUUAUGCCUAAGCUAAGCCGAGAAUUGUACCAUAGAAGAUCACUUGUUCAAAAAUCAUACUCUAUUCGUAU